AUGGAGGCGAUUUGCCAGCAAAAUACCUUGGGUACCAUCCUCGUCACAGGAGGUAACGGCGUCGUUGGCUCGCGUGUGGUUGAUGCCGUUCCGGCCGACUGCCGGCCAGUCGCUCCCUCCAAGAUACAGCACCACGCGAACUAUUUGGCGACAAAGCAGAUUCUAGAAGCCGCUCGACAGCAUCAUUCCAUACGCGCUGUAGUCUAUAAAAGCUCCGUCGAGGCAGUUGUGCUUGGACCUGGGUUCAACAGACAACCUCAGACGGAAGAAGAAGCAACAUUGAAUGGCCUCAAAUCCGGAACAAGCGCUUACGCAAGGACCAUAGGUACAGCGGACGCACUCACGCAUUUUGAGAACUGCGAUGGCAACUACCAGGGUAUGCUGCUUACUACAUGUCUCCGAAUCGGGGUUCUGUAUGGCGAACGAGACGAGAAGACCACUGCCGAGAUAUUGAAGCUCGUCAAUACAUUUGGGGCCCGCGUCCAGAUUGGCCCAAACAACGCUGUACACGAUUGGGUAUAUACACAGAACGCUGCAUUGGCCAAUGUUCUAGCAGCAAAAGCCCUCCUUAGAGAGACCAGCCAAGCUAUCGAUCUUGGAAUCAAUGGCGAAGCGUUCUACAUCACCGAUGGAGGACCAAUGCUAUUCUGGGAUUUUCCAUCCACAAGAAUUAUCAAGGUUCCUUUUGGGGUUGUCCUGUUCUUUGCUGCAGUGGGAGAACGGACAUAUAAUAUCUUUACCUUUAGGAGAAAGACGCUGAAAAUGAGUCCUCAUCAUCUCGACUUUACGAGAAAAGGCUAUUGGUUUUCUAUUGACAAGGCGAGGGUUCGGCUAGGGUAUAAGCCAAUCCGUGAUACCGACGAAGGUAUUCGCAGGAGUGUCACAUGGUUUCGGUAA